AUGGCAUCCAUAACCGAGGAACAGAUCCAUAAGGUAAGGAGGGAAAUGCCAACAAGAAAAGGUGGAUAAAAAUGUGUGUGCCCUGGUGAGUUGCUUUGAAUUAACAAAGCUUUCCGCUGAUUCCCCCCACCCCCACCCCCGCCAGCCACCCUCUGAAAUUGGAUUUAGCAAUGAUUAACUCAAUGAAUUUAUCUCUGUUUUUUGUGCACCCAUAUGGAGAGAGAAACAUCCUGCCAUGACUUGAAAUAUAUUGUUGGCCUUUUGCAUACCCUUUCUUUUGAUCCUUCUCAUUCAUCCCCUGAUCUUUCUCUUUAUCCGUUGCCUCUCUUAAACUCUGAAAAUCCGCCGCUCUUUAUCCAUAAUCUCCUUGGGCAAUGUGUUCUCCAAAGUAAGCAGGCCCUUCAUUCCAGGGGGUUGUUGCUGCAAUGGUAUUGCAAGUUAAUUUUCUUUUCUUUUCAAUGUUGUUUUGAAAUUUAUUUUAUAAUGUACAGAACGAUUAUAACAGAUGAAAAUCAAAACCGUAAAAUAGGCACACAGAAUAAAUACAGUUACCGAACAGUUCAGUAACAAAGUCCAGGUCAAGAAAGAAAAAAGAAUGAAAGUUGUCUUCACAUGAAGGAAGAAUAUAUAACUGUUACUUGAUUUUCAAGUAGAGUUCCCAAUUUCCCAGGCUUGUAACGAAGGUUGCACUGAAAAUGAGGGUUCAGCAGUAAAGGAAUGCCAAAUCAUAUAAAAAGGUUCUAGAUCCUGUCAAAAUCUCAAAUUAUGUGCAAUUUCCUUCACUAUACCUGCAUUCCUGAGUGGUACCAAGUAGCCAGUGUAAGAUUUGGGGCUGUUUUCCAUUGCGUUGCAAUUACUAUUUGAGAUGCAAAUACCAUAUACAAGACAAAACCUUACGAAAAUAAAUCUACAUUGGUAUCCUCAACAAUUCAAUGACAUUAAUUUUGAACAGCAAACAAUAGUUCCUCUGGCAGUACUGAUCAUUUCUGUCAAAAUUAAACAAUUAAAGAAUUCUAAGAAUCUUGAACCAACGUACAUUCCCACCAUAAAUGUGUUGUGGUUUGAUUUGAUAGAUAAGAAACAAUGGCAAAUUUGAGUCAAUAAAGCAGAAAUCUCUCUUGAUUUCUUGCUACUUCAGUGGGAACGUUUAUCAGGACAUUACGUAUCUCCUAAAAGUCAGAGCCUAACAUUAUUGUGAGAAGGACCACCUCUAAGUAUGCUAGGAACUCAAUUCUUUGGUUGAGAGAGCCCUAUACAGUGCCACUGAAACCACAGAUUUAGGGGUUUUAUGGUUUUAUUUAUUUUAUUUUAUUUUAUUUCAGUUUCAGAGGCCCCACAUCCCUCCCAGGGCUUAGAGCAGGGGUCGGCAACCUAAGACCUAUGGGCCACAAGCAGCCCAUGGGGGUCAUUUACCCGGCCCAUGGACCCCCGCUGCCCGCUUGGGGACACCACCACCCGCUCGGUUGGCUGGCUCCCAUGUGCCGUACUAAACCAGCACGGAGCAGAGUGGGGACGGCCUUCUGCGAUGCUAGUCAGCUUCCCAUUGGCUGCUGGAACCUCCUGCAGCCAAUGGGAAGCUGCACAUGUCUCCUCCGCGCCGGAAGGAGCGCUGGAAAUAGUAUUUGCACAUGCGCACGCUCGCACACACUCCGGCCCACCGUGGCAUCUGUGGGACCGUGAACCGGCCCAAGCCCCAAAAACUUUGCUGACCCAUGGCUUAGAGCAAGGGAGAACAGCAGAUGCUUUUGGGCAACAAAUGAGUCAUUGGAAAGAGUUAAGACUUAUUGCUCAAAGACCUAGGGCCAUCACCAGCUGUAUCACAUGAUUCAUUGAAAAAGACUCCAACAUAACUCUAUGGAGCACUAUGAUUUGUAGUACCGUCCAGCAGGGAAUAGGGCAGAAAUUUGAUUUGGUUCACAUUUAAAGGAAAACUUACCCUAAUUUGCACUUUCAGAAACUAUCUGUGAACUGAAAUGCAGUCAUCUUUUGAAAUUUGUACUUCUCUGAAUGUUGCAAUGCUGCUUUUCAGCCAAGUUAUGUGUAAAAAUAAUAAUGCACAUACUAGGGUAUAGCAUGCAGAAAAAUAAACACCCAAGUAAAAAUAAAAUACCCCACCCCAAAAUGCAUUCUGUUAGGGGAAAUGGCAUUCUUCGCCAAAACGUGUAUAAAUUGCAUACAAAAAUGUGCAUGUUGGGGAGAGAGUCACACUGAAACGCUGAUGAAUUUCUGGGAGGACUUUUUGAAAAAGUAAAUAAAUCACAAACUGAUAUGGAAAUGUGGAGAAAAGCGGGGUGGGGGGUGGGGUGGGGAGAGAAACUGAGCAAAAGUGAAAAUGCCAGAUUUGCCUAUCUCUUGAUUCUAGUUGUUGUGGUGAUGGUGAUGAUAUCAAAAUGUCCUCCCUCCUACCCCCCAGUUCCGCCAAGAUGGCUUCCUUGUUCUUGACCAGUUUUUCAGCUCUGAAGUGUGUGAGGCCAUGAGGGCCCAGAUCCAAAAGAUCAUUGCUGACAUGGACGUGCCUCCUCACUGCCGUACAGAGUUUUCAACCCGGGAAGAUGAACAGCUCCAGGCACAGGUGCAGAAACUAGCUUCUGUCACAUCUCCCACCACAAAAACCACUGAAGCAUGGUUAAAAGUGCAGGCUAGUACCAGGGAGACCCCAGGGUUCAAAUCCCCACUUCCUUGUAGCUAGAUUCAGUUUAAUUUAUUUGUUUCUAAUCCUUAGGCAGUGUGAGCUGUAUCUGUAUGACAACCAGCUUUAAAAAAGAAAAGAAAAUAAUAAGAUUUUUUUAUUUGUUUUAUUGCUUGCUGUUUGCAGCCCUGGGCUCCUUUGAGAAGAAGGAUGGGAUAUAUAUUUAAUAAAGGAAUAAGUAACAUGAAGUAACAUGGCACCUCUAUUUUGCUAUUUGCAUUUUUGAGGACAAUAUAUUGUUGAUGACAGUAAUAAUAAUGAUGAUUUGCUUCCAACAACUUACACUUUUUUCUGUCUUUCCUUUUUCACUAUGCCAACCUCUUUUUGGGGACAGAUGCAGGUAAACCUCUUUUUUGCCAUGCAGACAGGAUAAUGGUCUGUUGCUGCAGAGUAACUCAGAAGAGCAGCCUACCCCUCAGCCCCAGCUUUUUGAACUAUUAAGAGCCAGGGUGGCAGAGCAGUUGCUCUGUUGGAUAGGAACCAGGGGGAGAGUUCAAAUCCUUUCUCAGCCUCACAGCUUGCUAGACAACUAUGGGCCUGUUGCAAUCUCUCAGCCUUAACCUACCUUACUUGCUAUGGGUUGCUGUGAAAGUUACCGUAUUUUUCGCUCUAUAGGAUGCACCCGACCAUAGGACGCACCUUGUUUUAGAGGGGGAGAACAAGGGGGGGAAAUUAUUCCCCUCUCUGUGCAGUGCCCCUUCAGCGAAGCGGCAGGAGAAAUGGAACCCCUUCCAUUUCUCCUCCCGCUUAGCUGAAGGGGCGCUGUGCCUUAGCUGAAGGGGUACCUACCCUUCAGCGAAAGAAACCCGAAGUCUCUGGAGCGCAGCGGGAGCUCCCGCUGCGCUCCAGAGGCUUCAGGCGCUAUCUUUGAAGCCUGAAGAGCGAGAGGGGUCUGCAGGCUUCGGUGAAGGCAACCCAAAGCUUCCGGAGCGCGGCAGGAGCGCUCCCACUGCGCUUCGAAGGCUUCGCGUUGCUAUCGCUGAAGCCAAAGAGCCUGCAUUCGCUCCAUAAGACUCACACACAUUUCCCUUUAAUUUUUGGAGGGGAAAAUGUGCGUCUUAUAGAGCGAAAAAUACGAUAAAUGGUUUGAGACAGUAUCAUUGUGUGCUCCCCUGAUCUCUUAGGAGGAAUAUGGGAUAAAAAUAUUAUAUUAUUGAAGUAAAAACAAUGCACUCACUUCUGUGCAUGGAUGUACACUCCCCUCCCCUUCUUCUCCCCUCAGCAGCUUCCCCAGUCAGUUCUGUAGGGUUGAGGGAACCCCAUAACAUAUUUAGGGGGUGCAUGAGGUGGGGAGAGGUGUGGAAGUUCCAUUGCACAAGCAUAAAUCCUUGCACUGGUGGAAAGAGUUAGCGCUGCAUUGGAGACAACCAGAUAUAUAUUAUAGAAGCAUGCCUUUAUCUAACUGAAUAAAAUUCCAGUGCCAAUUCCAGUGUGUUGUAACUGACAGGAGUUAUCCAAAUAACAGGAUAUUAUGGGCAUAUUCAAUUUCUCAUUAAUUUGGAAGCUACAGUUUAGUACACAGGGCUUACUUCUGAGUGAACACACAUAGGAUUAAACUAUGACAUGUUACGUUUGUACAAUCUCAAAGAAAGAGGAAGGGCUAUAGCUCAGCAGCAGAACACCUGCCUUGCAUGUAGAAGGUCCCAGGUUCAAUCCCCAAUGGCAUCUCUAGGUAGGGCUGGGAGAGAAUCCUGCCGGUCUGUGUAGACCAUACUGAGCUAGAUGGAUGAAUGGUUUGACGUUGUUUAAUGACAGUUUCCUAAGUCUUAAAGAAUGGGUUAUAGCUCUGCAGUUAAAGGGGCCACAUGACUUCAUCGCAAACAACAUUUUUAAUAGCUUAUCAUCAUUUCCAUAUUGAACUUCUUACCAAUUUUAUAAUUUGUAUUUGAUUUAAGAGAGGAGCACCUUACAAACUGCACAAAAUAUUAAAAUAAACAGCCUCAGUAUUCAUUGUGAGAUGAUAAUAUUUUUAUUUUGGCCUCCAAUAGGGCAGCGCGGAAUAUUUUCUAACCAGCGGAGACAAAAUCAGAUUCUUUUUUGAAAAAGGUGUUUUUGACGGAAAAGGUAAGCAUUUUCUAAUUUUUUAAAAAAAGAAAUCUAGAUUAAAAAAAAAAGAAAUUAAAAUAAUAAUCCAGUAGAAAAGAUGAAGAAAAAAGUACAAACCCCUCAAUAUACUCCACAUUUAAUUAGAUGUUACAAAAUAAAGCAGCCUGAUACAGGAAGAGGAGAAAGCAAAUGUUAUGAUAAAUACCAAAUAAAGCCACAUUUCAUUGGGACUUGCCACCCCCAUGAUUGGCCUAUCAUAUAAGUAGCAAAUGACUCCAAAAUGAAUGUGAAAUCACAGGUACAUUAAUAUAUGACAGUUUCUCAGAAAUGUGAAUAAACAUUACUCUGUGGAAGCAAAUGUUUAAUGAAAAACCAGAGGACUCCUUUCAGUCCUGUGAUAUGGCCAAACUAUUUUGGGAGUGGAGAUGGGGUCAGCUUUCCCUCCCCCCCCCCAUAAAAUUUUAUGAUGGUUUUUUCAUAAUACAGUACAAUAAAAAACAAACUAAUCUAAGCAAAAACAGAAACUGAAAAAGGAAAGGAAAAUGCAGAGUCCUCUCUCGAAGGCAUAGCUGUCAACGUUUCCCUUUUUUAAAAGGGAAAUUCCCUUAUUCUGAAUAGGAUUCCUCGCAAGAAAAGGGAAAAGUUGACAGCUAUGCUCAAAGGUAGCUCUGAACCCUUGUCACCCACAGAAAGGGGUGGACCCUCCCAUCUCUCACCUGGGAGCUCCCCUUUCUUCUCCCAACCUCUCACCUUGGGAGAUCCUCCCUUGCCUGCCUCACACACACAGGGUCCUUUACCAGCCCAGUCAUCACCUUCAUGUAUGUAUAAUCUGAAAUAUACUUGGAGUCGAGAGUGGAUUUCAUGCUCUUUAUGCAGCUCAUAGUGAGGAGGAAUGGAUGUUCCCCCAAAGUAUCUGCUUUAUACAAUAUUUACACAAUGGGCUGCACGUGAUUGGCUAAUUCCGUAAUUCUCCUGUAGGCCAAUCAGGUUGUGGAUUCACUUCCAUCUGGAGCUGGAUUGGGUGGCUCCUGCAGACCAAUCAGACUGCUGCAUUGUUCUAGGACAAUCAGACUGCUGCAUUCUGAAUCCUAUUGUUCUAGGACCAAUCAGACUGCUGCAUUUUGGAUCCUAUUCAACUCAGUACAUAACAUAAUCCUAGAGGAGAGGACACCAAGGAAAACAAAAAAUAAAGGCAGAAUAAGGAAGAUAAAAGGAAGGGGGGGGAGAGAAAAAAGAAAUUAAAAGGGCUUCUGAUUUUCCAUCUGUCAGUUACAUACAUUUCUUCCUUAGAGGGUUGUGCAAACCAAUAUAAUUAAUGUUGCUUUUUGUAGGAUGGGGGGAGUGAGGAUGAGUUGAUGGAACCAAAGGCGGCAGUUGCUGAAAAAGUUUGGGAACUUUUCCUAAAUUGAUCUAAACUGAUAUAACCAGUGCUUUUUUUCUGGGGGUACGCAGGGGUAUGCAUACUCCUAAACAUUUUGUGAAUUUAAGUUUGGCCUCAUUAAGGGGCAGAAUUUCAAUAUGAGUAGUAAAAUGUAAGUACCCCUAAAUAUUUCUUUUAUUUUCUUUAUUUUUUAGAAAAAAAGCACUGGAUAUAACAUAUGUGCUAUGUGAUUUAUGUUGCAUUCAACAUUUUUCUUUCCUAGGAGAUUUUCUUGUUCCAAAGGAAAAAGCUGUUAAUAAAAUUGGCCAUGGUAAGUAUUAAAGACAGCAGUGUAUGAAAAUGAUACACACUUGGCAGUCCAUUUCUCCAUAAAGCAUUUUGCAAAAAGCAUUUUGCAAAAGCCAAGCCACGGACCCCCUACUUUUGAAAAUUUUUAUAACUCUAUGGUAGUUACCUGUCCAAAGCAAUUUUUUGAAGAAAAUGUGGGGUAGCCCCUAAUAAGAAAAGGAUUUUAGGUGUACUAAAAAAAAGACCAUAAAAUUUGUGAUAUUACCACAACUUGUCUAUCCGCAGAAAGUAGAAACAACUUGUUGCCAUUGUUUCAUUACAACUGAAUUUUUUAAAAAGCAAUUGUGUCCCUAACUUGCAAGUGCUCUAUACGCAGAAAGCUUUUUAUAUGAGUAUUCACACAUGCUAUUCCUUACUUGUAAUCUGAGACGGUAUAUUUUAGCAAAACUUUGCAACAUAGGGUUCUGCUAAGUGUGGGAUCUUGCACCUUCAAGACAUAGGUGAAGGCUUGGUCAGGGCUUGAUAACACAUUGGUGAAGACUGAGUAGAAAACAACUGGGAUUUUGUAAUGUUGGUAAUACUAGUAGUAGUAGUAGUAGUAGUAGUAGUAAUAGUGCAUGCAGGUAUCUGAAGAAUGCAGGUAUCUGAAGAAGUGUGCAUGCACACAAAAGCUUAUACCCAGAGCAAACUUAGUUGGUCUCUAAGGUGCUACUGGACAAUUUUUUAAUUUUUUAAAAAUAAUUUAUUUAGUCUUCCUGUGCCCAAGUUUCAUCCUUGGCUUAAAGAGCUUAAUUAAAUACAAUACUUUUUUGGAGUGAGGUUUUUAUUUUUGCUGAUUACCCAAUAGGAACAACCAACUUUUUAAUUUAUUAAGAUUCAGCUGUACAUCCGUUUCCUCCCCUCCCCCCCAUUGUAGCCAUAUAGCUUCCCAAAGAAAACAAAAAAACAACAUCCACGCAGGCUGCCUUUUGCACUACAUAGGCCUGGGUGAUGUACUGAUACAUCUCCCAGGACUGGUAUGAAGGGCAGACUGCAAUGGCUACUUCACUCAGUGGUACAGUAUUGCAAGUGAGAUCACCACUGCUCUUGGCUGCCUCCAGCUGGAGCUGAUAGCAGAGGGACACAGGAGCAGGGGGGAGGUUUCACCAGCGAUAUACUGCUGAGUGAAGCCACCAUCCCACUCUGCUCUCAUACUGGCAGAGGGAGAAACAAGGUACGUUGGUGAGGCGCUGAUAGAACUUGUUUCUCCCUCUGCUUCUUUAAACUGCUCAGCUGAUGAGUGCACGGCUGUACUUGCCUCAGCCAAGCAAUUUUACAGAACCCCUGACCUGCCACCUGCUCACAUGAGCCAGUGGCGGGGUGGUUUUCCAUGAAAAUGCUCCACUAAGGGGUGCACGGUUGCCCCUCUCCUCAGCUGAGCAAAGCCACCAGCCCACUACUUGCUCCUUCACUGGGGGGCAGGAAACCUCUUCCAUCCUCCAGCUGAACAGUUCAGCGCAGGUGAGCCUGAAAGGGAUCAGGACUCGACUCGUUCACUGUGUAGGGUUCCCUAAGGCAGGAAUGACCGUGCAUGCUAAUUGUUUCUCUUCAAGGUCAAUGGUUGUUGUCUUUCAGAGCCGGGAAGGAAUUCCCCUGCUCUGCAGGUUUUGCCUUCCCCUUAGGAAUUGUCACAACUUUGGUGGUUUUAGGCCUUGGGUGGAAUCCUUUAGUCCAUCAAUGGAAUGGAGGGGUAAUGCACCCUUCCCAUGGCAGUGUUGCAGGGCCCUGUUAGAGGGGAGUCACUGACCAUAAGCACUCAUUGGAGGGUCAAACUCCCCUCAGCAACAGGAAAAGGGGAGGGCAGCUGUGUUAACGCACGUUUUGCAGUGUCCCUCAUAUUCCUGACUGACCCUGCCUAGCCACAGACCCCACUAGGAGGCUGAGAGAGAUACGUGCCCAAUGCUUAAGCCAAGGCUUUACUACAUCUGAAAUUAAUAAAGUUGUAGCCAAUUUAAUCCCAUAUCUACACUGUCUUGUGCCUUUAUUGAUUUGGGGCCUGGCUCCCGGGGAGCUGGGUUUGCUCCUGGGCCCGCAAGAAGCAGCCGAGAUAAAUUCCAGUCACUGUGAUGUAUCAGCGUAUACCGGUAUUUAGUUGCUGAUAUAUCACAAUGUGAAUGGGAUGCAGGUGGCGCUGUGGGUUAAACCACAGAGCCUAGGGCUUGCCCAUCAGAAAGUCGGCGGUUCGAAUCCCCACGACGGGGUGAGCUCCCGUUGUUCAGUCCCAGCUCCUGCUAACCUAGCAGUUCGAAAGCAUGAAGUGCACGUAGAUUAAUAGGUACCAUUCCGGCAGGAAGGUAAACAGCGUUUCCGUGUGCUGCUCUGGUUCGCCGGAUGCUACUUAGUCAUGCUGGCCACAUGACCUGGAAGCUGUAUGCCAGCUCCCUCGGCCAAUAAAACGAGAUGAGCGCCGCAACCCCAGAGUCAUCCGCAAUUGGACCUAAUGGUCAGGGGUCCCUUUACCUUUACCAUUAUAUCACAAUGUUGAAAAGAAAGUAUUGCCCAGCCCUAAAUCAUCAGAGGAUGAGCUGUUGUGCUAAUCAUAGUGGCAAUUUGCUUAGCUAUUUCCCCUGUGGGACUUCCAAGACAAGACAUGAAUCCCAAACUCGUAAGGGAAGAUUCACUGAAAACCCUACCUACAAGCAGUGGGAGAGUCCUCUAAACUUGAUAGUUGUUGAAAGCAAUUAGAAAUCAUUUUCAGUUUAGAAGUAGAUAACAAGGGGAAGGAAUCCCUUACAUUUUAAAAAAUGAUAAUAAGCAUUUGAGCUGUUUGCACUCCCCCCCCCCCCAAUCGCAAGAGCCCAUGGGAACUGUGUCAAAGGUUUGUGCCCAAUCCCAGCUCACCUGCCAUCCAGCAACUUUUCCACAAGUUUUCCCCCUGCUGGCAAGCAGGCACUGGUCAUGAGCAGAGGCUGGAAGGAUCCAUGGAAGGCUUUCACUGUAGAAAUUAAGUGAGCCCCUGGCAGGAGAUGGUGCCGCAGACUCCCUGGGUGUGUUCUGCGGACCCCCAGGGGCCCCCGGACCCCUAAUUGGGAGCCACUGGUGUAGACAAUACUGAGCUAAAUGAACCCAAAUGGCCUCCUUCACUAUAAGACAGCUUCCUAUGUUCUGCAAAUGUGUGCAUUUCAAACUGAAUCAUCUGGAUGUGAGGCCCGAAAACUCAUCAGCACACUUACCUGGUAACGCAUUCCAUUGAAAUAAGUGUGAUUUACCUCUAAGUCAAGAUGCAUAGGAUUGCGCUUUCAUUGAUGUUUUUAAAAAGGGUAUAGGGAUGUCCCUUUCCCUUGAUCAGGAAGGUGAUUGGAUGAGAUACAGUAAGUUGCAACAGCAAAAAAGCAGGGACAAUUUCUACUUGCUUCAUCUCUCCCCCGCUCUUUUGCAGCGUUGCAUGCAUACAAUUCGACCUUCAAGCAGAUCACUCACUCCUCAGACGUGCAGGUGAGUUUGAGUGCCAACCGAAAGCCCCAAGUCCAUUUAGACCACAUUUCCACCAUGCAUUCAAAGCCCCCCUCAUACCCCUGGCUUCCUCCAGCAAAUCCUGGUAGCUGUGUUCAGGGUUCUGAGAUUCAUUAGAUCAUCCCCCAUUCCUUUCCCAAAGCUAUAGUUCCUUGCGAAGAGGGGUGGAUGGUCCAGGCACUCUGGGAACUGCAGCUGUGUGUGUAGAACAAGGGAGUUUUCUAGCAACUCUCAGCAUGCUGAACAAACUGCACCAAAAACCAUGGCAACAGCAGUUACAAGGGUGGUGAGAGUUGUUAGGAGACCCCUAUUUUGCACAGAGAGCUACAAUUCUCAGAGCAGAUCCAUUCCUCUUCCCAGGGAACUCUGGGAUUUGAUGCUGGGGGUGGGGGAGACAGGGGGUCUCCUAACAACUCUCAGCACCCUUAACUAACUACAGCUCCCAGGAAUCUUUACAUUGAGUCAUGACUGUUUAAAGGGGCACAGUAUGGUGUGAAUGUGACUUUGGAAAAAACAAUACAGUGGUACCUCAGGUUACAUACGAUUCAGGUUACAUAUGCUUCAGGUUACAGACUCUGCUAACCCAGAAAUAGUGCUUCAGGUUAAGAACUUUGCUUCAGGAUAAGAACAGAAAUUGAGCUCCGGUGGCGCGGCGGCAGCAGGAGGCCCCAUUAGCUAAAGUGGUGCUUCAGGUUAAGAACAGUUUCAGGUUAAGUACGGACCUCCGGAACAAACCUGAGGUACCACUGUAUGGGGAACUAUUGGUUCAUACUCUUUCUGUUCCCAGGUUCACAAUAGCCUUAUUUUGAAAGGAACUGAGCUACUGGUAUGACAAAAUCUGGCAUGUAGCUUUGCUGGAUAAACUUUCCCACCAAUGACAGGUGAUGAGAGGACAAUGGGAAAGUGACCAGUUUUCAGCCAUCUGGUUUCCAUUGGUUGAAUAUGCUAAUGCACUGGAAAAUGACUAAAGGUCCCAAUGAUGUAGAAAUAGGUGUGACUGCUCCAAACCUUCAAUGGAAAACUUUAUCCUCUUUGCAUUUGACUGUAAGGAAUCUCCUAUUCUGAAAAAUUGUAACAGAAGGGGAAGAGAGCAUUUAAAUAAUUUAAUUACUGCCUCUGACAGCUUCUUUUACAUGACUUUCAUUGUCAUAGUCCAGUGGUUCCCAAAGUGGGCAGUGGAGCCACCUGGUGGAGCACAAAGCGAUAAGGGGGUAGUAGGGGGGCGCUGGAGGUGUAAACAACUUCAAAGAGCUGGCACCACUGCAUCAAGUCCUUCGAUUUUGUUGAAUUAAUGAAACUAAAUAGCUUUAAUUGGGUUUCAAAUAAAUGUGCAAUUAAUUGUUACUGUUUUGAAUUUUAUUGUGCUAUUAUCUUCCUUAGUGGGUUUUGCAGACUGCUAAUCUGAAACAUGCUUUUUGGGGGAUAGUGUAGGGAACACCAGGGAUGAGUUUAUGGAACCAAGGGGGCAGUGGCCCCCCAAAAUUUGGGAACACUGGUCUAGUCCACACUGCACCUGGAAUCACACUGUGCAAAGUCUGGGCCUGGACACACUGGCGGAGGAAGAGGAGUGCGGGGGGAGUGCACCGCCCCCAGCAGCGCGAUCCCGGUGGGGUGCCAUCGCAGCUGCCCCCAGGAUGCGUGCCCCGCCCCUGUGGGUGGCGCACCAGCCCCGCCCCCGGGAUUCGUGCCAGCCCCACCCCACCUGCUCUCCGCCCCCUGGUGCCGGAGCAUGAAGCUCUGCCACUGCCUGGACCCUGCGCUCGUACAUCUGAGGCCCUUCUUUGGGUGCCUCCUCCAUGAGGUCUGGAGAGUGGCAACACGAGAACAGGCCUUUUCUGUGGUGGCUCCGUGUUUGUGGAAUGCUUCCCAAAGGGAGACGCACCUGGCAUCAUCAUUACAUAUCUUUAGGUGCUAGGCAAAAACAUUUUUUUCCAAACAGGUGUUCAGCUGAUUAACAUCCUUUGGCUUUUUAAGUGUAAUGUUGUUUUUUUGAGAGGGUAUUGGUUUUUCUUUUCGUAUUCUCAUUUUGUAUUUUUCUGUUGCGAACCGCCUUGGGAUCUUUGGAUGAAGGGCAGUAUACAAAUUUUAAUAGUAAUAAUAAGGUAUGGAUCCUGUUUCUUUCCAUCAGGCACGGAGGGUUGUUUUUGGUAAGGACAUUUCACUUACCUGUCCUACUAUCCUUUUUCUGUAUACUUUAUUUCCCUUUUGCAAUAUGCAAAACUUCAUAAAUAACUAUAUGAGGAGGAAUGAAGUUUUCAAGCCCCAAAGGGAGAGAUGUGCCUUUGUUUGAUUGAUUGAUUAUAUUUCUGGCCAAUAAAUUAAAUAUGAAGAGUUGAAGAAUAUUUACACGUUACAGCCAUUAAAACCAAAUCACAUUUUAAAAACUAUUUCUGAUUGUUAAUGCUCUCAUUUCAAAAGCCACUGUUUGUGUGAAUGUAUAAUGGAGUUGGAGCCAAUGAAGUUGGAGCCAUUACAAUGAAUGGACCUCAGUUAGUCAUGCCCAUUGAUUUCAAUGGGUAUACACUGAGAGUCCCUAUAUUUUGUUACCUGCUUCUUUGUAGUUAGCUAGCUUAACAAGCCUGCUUCAUAAACUAUGGUUUGAAGGUGGCAUAUUUUGAACCUGACCAUAGUUUGUAAAAAAGCCACAACUGCAAGCAGAGUUUAACAGAAACUGAAAGUAAGUUCCCAAAAAUCUCUUCCUGGCUAUGUGGAACUAAGUGGUGUGUAGGCACGAACCUGAGGCUAGUUAUAGCUUGCACAUGUCAUGACAAACCAUAUUUCACCAUGAUGUGUUAACUACUAUUUUUAUCUAAUCUCGUGCAAAUUUUGGGAUAUUUUUCAGGUCCUGGCAAGAAAACUGGGCUUUGAAAACCCAGUGGUGGUGCAAAGCAUGUACAUAUUCAAGGUAUGGUAACCUUUAACUCUGCUUAUUAACUGAAUUAAUUAAUUAAAUGCAUUAAUAGGACAAUCUUUUUGUACUUUCCUCCUCAAUAAAAUGGUGUUUCCCCCUUCGUUUUCUAGCAACCUGGCAUCGGCGGUGAAGGUGAGGUUCAUACUCGGCCUAUUUCUACAAUGAAAGUAGUUCUGAAUAAAGGGCUGGAUUAAACAGGAACAGAAGAAAGUCAGACGAUUGGUCCGUCUAGCACAGCAUUGUCUGCACUGACUGGAGGUAGCUCUCCAAGGUUUCUGGAAGGGAACAUUCCCAGCCCUACAUGGAGUUUCCAUCAGGGAUUGAACCUGCAACCUUCUUCCCUGGCCCUUCCCUCCAAAUUAAAGUUCCAGACCUCAUGGUUCUAAAUAAAGGAAAUAAGCUGUUUUAUACAGAGUUCGACCACUGAGCCACCUGGCUCAGUACAGUACACUGGCUGGCACCACCACCAUAAGGAUUUCAGACUGGGGUCAUUCUCAGUCCUAUGUGGAGAUGCUGGGGACUGAACACUCCUUCCUGUGUUGCAUCACUCUCUGGCCAAGCUGAGUGCCCUCCUUGAAUGCUUUUGGAGGGCACACAGGACUUUGAUUAUGUAUUUUGCUUUUGUAUGUUUAUGUACAAACUAGCUUACUGUGCAAAGCUAAAAUUUACUCCACCGACUUUUGCAUCUGGCCCUGACCACUCCUUGCAUAUGGCGCCCAAAAGGUUUGUCCAGAAGAGAACAUAGUGCUCCCUUCUCUUGGGAGUAGAUGGGACUUUUGAUCUGAUGUAGGAAGGCUCUUCUUAUAUAUAGGCUGUUGUUUGGCCAAAGAUUGAUUCUGGUGAGGGGCACGUACACGGCUCCUGAUAAUCUGGUUUCAGUAUAAGUCAGUGUUUCCCAAACUUGUCUCUCCAGCUGUUUUUGGACUACAACUACCAUCAUCCGUAACUAGCAAGACCAGUGGUCAGGGAUGAUGAGAACUGUAGUCCAAAAACAGCUGGAGACACAAGUUUGUGAAACCCUGAUCUAUAUUAAGAGAGAGAGAGCCAGUGUGGUGUAGUGGCUAGAGUGUCAGACUAGGGCCUGGGAGAGACCAGCUUUCAAUUCCCCCACUCAGCCAUGUAGCUCACUGGGUGUGACCUUGGGGCAGUCACGGCCUCACAGCCAACCUACCUCGCAGGGUUGUUGUGGGGAUGAAGUGAGGAGGAGAACUGUGUACUUCACCUUGGAGAAAAAGGUGAGGUAUAAAUGCAAUAAAUAAAUAAAUAAAUAAAUAAAUAAAUAAAUGCGAGCACAUCUCUUGUUACCUGCUGUCACUAACAAGCCAAGGAUAUAAUAGACCAGUGGCAUGGUUAAUCGUGAGUGCUGAACUCUUGCACUGCUUUGAGGCUGCAAUUCAAGUCAGCAGCGUCCCUCUGCAGUAUUACUGUCAAUGAUAAUGUUACAGUCAAGGGAAGGGCAAGUCCAUGGAAGAGGAAGGACGAGAAGUUGUUUACUUUGCAGGAAAGCCCAUUUUGAUUGCAUGCAGAAGUUUCCCCCGUUAAGGCUGGGAAAAGCUCCCUGCCUGGAAUCCUGGAGAACCAUUGCUGCCAGUAAGUUUGAUUAAUACUGAGAUAGAUGGACCAAUUAUAUGACUUAGAGAAUUACAGAAUCAUGGAACAGCAGGGUUGGGAAGGACCCUCGGGGCCAUGUAGCCCAGCUCCCUGCAGUGCAGUAAUCUCAACUACAGCAUCCCUUACAGAUGACCAUACAACCACUGCUUGAAAACCUCCAGUGAAGGAGAGUCUACCACCUCCCGAGGGAGUUUGUUCCAUUGUCAAACAUUUCUUACUACCAGGAAGUUCUUCCUGGUGUUUAGCCAGAAUCUCCUUUCUUGACUAAAUGAGGGUUGGAGAAAACCUUUGUUUAGUGUGACAUUCGAGCCAGCUGUUUGCAUCUGUGCGAUCUGUUGCUUCCAGUGACGCCACACCAGGAUGCCACCUUUCUACAUACGGAACCUUUGGGGAGAGUGAUCGGCCUCUGGAUCGCCCUGGAAAACGCCACCCUAGAGAAUGGCUGUUUGUGGUUCAUCCCUGGCUCUCACACAAGUAAGAAAUUAGUAGCAUGGCAUUUGACUUGAUAGGAAAGCAACUGCAGACCCACAACAUCUGGUUGGCACCACAUUGGCUGCCCUUGCUACAGCUUCAUUUGGCACAACAGUGGUACAUUUGUCCCGUGCCCUCAGCCUUGUUACUGUACUUCAGUGACUCUUCUGCCUAUCCUGUCCUGAGAAGCUUCCUCCUCUUGCAGGCUGGUUGCUUGGCCCCUCUCCCAUCAGCAAAUGAGCACUGCUAAUGAGAGAGUACAGGCAUGAGUGGGGUGAGUGGGAUGCUUGAAAACCCACCAAAGGGGAGAGCUGGGCACUGGAUGUUUCAAUGACCUGUCUUUUGAUUGGCAGGCCAGCACAGGGACACAAAGUGGAAGUAUGGCUUGGAGGCGGCACCCUUUUGAGGGAUGUGGCAAAGGAGGAGGCAGAGCUGAGCUGCCAGGUUGGAGAAAGGCUGUGAUGCAGCCCAGGACCAACAGAGACAGGGUGCACAGCCAACCAGCCAGUGGGUGGGGAGCACUUAGUGGGACCUCUAUCUGCAGCUCUGCGGGGCAGGUUGACUGCCCCUGGACAUGGAGGCUGUACUGCUGGCUGCCCUGUUUGACAAAUGGCCCUGUUUGUGGCCAUUUGCUAUGGAUUGCAAAUUGGGCUAGAAUGAUGAUGAUGAUGAUUCUAUGUUGCUUUUUUAUAUUGACAGGGACUCAAUCUCCCCACAAUCAAACGAUUGUGUAUUUAAUUAUAUAUACAGUCAUACCUCGGGAUGAAUACGCUUCAGGUUAAGCAUUUUCGGGUUGCGCUCUGCGGAGACCCAGAAGUAAUGGAACGUGUUACUUCUGGGUUUCACCGCUCGCGCAUGCACAGGCGCUCAAAAUGACGUCAUGCGCAUGCGCAGAAGCGGCAAAACGCAUUACAUUCACUUCAGGAUGUGAACGGGGCUCCGGAACAGAUCCCGUUCGCAUCCAGAGGUACCACUGUAUAUUAAAUUUAUUAAUUGUAUUAAAUAAUAUUAACUAUAUUAUAAACACUUUAAUUUACAACAUGGAAAUUUAAAUCAGUGUGUGGCCGGCAGGUUGUGAGUCCAACUACUAUUGCAGCCCACUUGGUCUGAGAGGCUGGACCACCUUGGCCUAGAGUAUUGCUUUGCUUGGAGAGAUCUUGCCAGGGCAUCUGUGUACAAGACACAAGUCUGUCAACAUGUCCUCCUUGUCACUUUCUGUGGCAUCCUUCACGUUUCCAACGUGCUGUUUUAUAGGUGGGAUCACUCGGCGUAUGGUUCGUACUCCCCCAGGCACAAUCCCCUGCACAAAGUUUGUUGGCUCUGAGCAGACGUACGAUAACAGGCAAUUCAUCCCAGUGCCUGUUGAGAAAGGUAAACUUGACAACAAGGGUAAACAUUAAGAGGAAUAUAGAUAUUAACUGCUGGGCAUCAUGCCACUAACACAAUGCAGAGAAGACAGGGGGAUGUUCAGGUCAGCAUCUCACUCUCCUUUCUUUGCUACACAACAAAGGUUACCUCAGGUUUUGAUUCAGAUCCAAUAGACAAUACUAGGCUAGGGGGAAUGGUAAUGUGAUUGGUGCUUUGACUUUGCAAAUUCAUGCACUUGCUUGGUAUGACGGUGUGUUGCUUUUAAAUCACAAAAUAGGUGGCCUCAUUCUGAUCCAUGGUGAGGUUGUCCACAAAAGUGAGCUGAACCUCUCCGAAAAGUCCCGCCACGUCUACACUUUCCAUAUCAUGGAGGCGAAGGACACGGCUUGGAGCCCAGAGAACUGGUAGGAAGGAGGCUGUAGAUCACAGAACUCUUUGCAAUAUAAAAGGGACCUCGGAGGUGAUCAAUUGCUAAGCACUAUGCACUUGCCCCCUCCACAAAAGCUUUCAAAUCUUAGGAGAAGGGCUGCAGCUCAGUGACAGAGCAUCUGCUUUGCAUGCAGAAGUUUCAGAGGUUCAAUACCCAGUAGCAUCUCCAGGUAAGGUGGGGGGAAGACCUCCCAGCCUGAAACUCUAGAAAGCUGUUGAGAGUCAGUACAGACCAUCGUGUGCCAGAUGGACCAAGGGUCUGACUCAGUAUAAAGAAGCUUCCUAUAUUCCUAUGUAAGCCAGCCCUUUUCCUAGAAGGUUGCCCAGAAGGAAAUGUGCUCAUUGGGUCAAAAAAGGUUCCCUACCCCCACCUUCCUUAGGGAGAUUUAAUUUCCACGCAUGUUGUGCUCUAGUUAAUCUGUUAGUAUUCUAUGUUCCAACAUACCAUACCUUUUUUUGUCUUCUAGGCUUCAGCCAACCCCUGAGUUGCCUUUCCCCUCUUUGUACACACAAAACUAA